AUGGAGAAACCAACAGGCGGUCGUGCAUGGCCACCUAAUCACGCUUUUCGCCUAAAAACCAUAAAUUGUGUUGGAUAGAUCCUUUUGUCGCGUUUUGCAAUGCUCAAACACAGACUUCAAUUUUACUUUCAAUGGAGGUCCCAGAGAAACAACUUACCUCAUUUAGCCACCACCAAAAACUCAGAUACAACUAUUUGGGUUGGCACCAACCAGUCAAUUCCAACCCCCCACUCCCCCCGACUCUUCUAAUAUCCCACCAAACUUGUUCAUUACCAUAACCUUAAUUUCUCUGAUUUUACUAAUCAUCACUCUCUUAUACUACCUACAUUUCUACCAAACAAAUCAAAUCUCUCUCUUGAUUCUUGAUUUUCUUUUCUUUUCUUUGUUGUGAUAGGUAGGAAAGAGAGUUGAGUUUCGCACUACUAUUAGUUACUGCACCGAAAAAGGGUUUUUUUCAUAUUCAUGAUCUUGUUUGAGUUUCUUUUUGGAUAUGUACCCUUAUUUACCUUUGUUAAUGAAUUAACUUUUACAUACAUACAGUAGUAUUUGGUGCAAUAUGUUGAGUUGAAAGAAUUAAGAAAGCAAAAUCGUGUUUGAAAAAGAUGAGGAUCGUGAGAUCAAGGGGGUGUUAAUUGAUCGCAGUUGAUAUUGACAAGUAUGGUGGGGCCGGCGCCGGGCAAGAGUCGGCUGCAAAGCAUGUUGCAGGCGGCGGUUCAGGCCGUUCACUGGACCUACAGCCUUUUCUGGCAACUGUGCCCACAACAAAGAAUCUUAGUGUGGGGUGAUGGGUACUACAAUGGCGCAAUAAAAACAAGAAAAACGGUGCAACCAACGGAAGUGACGACAGAGGAGGCGACGCUCCAGAGAAGCCAGCAGCUCAGAGAACCAUACGACUCCCUCUCCGCCCCACCCCCAGUGGCCGAUCACCCACGCCGCCCCUCCGCCGCCUUAUCCCCAGAGGACUUGACCGAAUCCGAGUGGUUCUACUUGAUGUGUCUCUCUUUCUCUUUUCCUCCGGGACUCGGGUUACCUGGAAAAGCAUAUGCAAAGCGGCAGCAUAUAUGGCUUACAAGAGCAUAUGAGGCAGACAGUAAAAUCUUCUCCAGAGCAAUUCUUGCUAAGAGUGCUAAAAUACAGACAGUUGUAUGCAUUCCUCUGCUGGAUGGGGUUGUGGAACUUGGUACAACACAAAGGGUCGAAGAAGACAUCAGACUGAUACAACGUGUUAAAAGCUUCUUCACUGACGCCCAGAAUCCAAACCCUCCGAGGCCUGUCCUGUCGGAGCACUCCACUUCCAAUCCUCCAACAUCUUCGGACCCUCCUCCUGCUUCUACAGUGCCCCCACAUGAUGAUCCCACGUUGGAUAAUGAUCAUGAUGAUGACGACCACGAUGACGACGACACUACUGAUCAGGAUUCAGACUCAGAUGCCGAGACAGGCCGAGCAGACACCCUCACCCUGCCCGCCCAGCCUCAAAAUGCUGCACCUGUUAUUACAAAAGCUGAUCUGCCCAGUGAGCUCAUGGAACUCGAUAUGUCUGAGGAUAUCAGGCUUGGCUCUCCCGACGACGGCUCCAAUAAUUUGGACCCGGAUUUCCACCUCCACGCCAUCAGCCGACCGCAGACUUCAUCGGAGGAGCGCCACAGCCGGGGAGACUUAUUGGGUAGGCGUGAAGCAAUGCACCGGUGGCUGCGGCAGAAAGAACCCAUCACCAGCCUUCAACCACCACAGUCGGGUUUGGAUGCAUUAACACAAGAUGAUAACCACUAUUCUGCAACAGUCUCAGCCAUCCUCGAAAACCAGUCGAACCGGUGGUCCACCUCUUUCUCCACCCCCAUAUCCUCCGCCACCUCCGCCUUCUCCACAUGGUCGUCCACCGCCCCAUUCGCUUCUUCCAGCAAUCGCCGCAACCUUCUCCUUGACGGCGCCUCCCAAUGGACCCUCAAGUACAUACUCUUCACUGUCCCGCUCCUCUACACUAAAUCACCCGAAACCUCCGCACGCGGCGGAGGAGCUCCGCCGGACGAGCUCGGCCCGAACCACGUACUCGCUGAACGCCGCCGCCGAGAGAAACUGAACGAACGCUUCAUCAUUCUAAGAUCCCUGGUGCCGUUUGUGACGAAGAUGGAUAAGGCUUCGAUUCUUGGGGACACCAUAGAGUACGUGAAGCAGUUGAGGAAGAGAAUACAAGAACUGGAGGCGCCAUUGCGGCAAAUGGAGGCAGAGAGAAACAGUACCAAUUACAAGAAGCAAAACUACAGUAAUUUGAAGGAGCAAAGAAGUAGUGCAGGGGGCAGUUUGGGGAGGGAGAAGAGGAAGAUGAUGAGGAUUGUGGAGGACGGGGAACGCGGCGGAGGAGGAGGAGGAGGAGCAAAGUCUAAGGUGGUGGAGUCUCCGUCGAGGACGGUGGGGGAAGAGGUGGUGCAAGUGGAGGUGUCCAUAAUAGAGAGUGAUGCACUGGUGGAGAUUCAGUGUUUGCAUAAGGAAGGGUUGUUAUUGGAUGUGAUGCGAGUGCUUAGAGGGUUGAGAAUAGAAGUAACCACGGUGCAAUCUUCAAUCAGCAAUGGGGUUUUUGCUGCUGAGUUCAGAGCCAAGGUGAGAGAGAAUGUGAAUGGGAGGAAAGCAAACAUUAUGGAGGUGAAAAGGUCAAUAAACCAAGUUAUUCUUCCCUGUUAAUAUGUUUAUGAUCCUUUGACAUAUAUAUGUAUCUGACGUACGUAUAGCUGGUAAUCAUUCAUUCACAUUAUUUAUGAAUUAUUUUUUGCUACAA